AUGGCAGCGGUAGAACCCAAUGCCGAGGGCGGUAGAGGCGACACGAAUGUGUCUUGGGCGUUGCCAGACUGGGAGGAGUACAGUGAGGCGGCUAGCAGCAGCUUUGUAGGCGACUGGAGCGACGUGGAGGCCGAUGUGAGUCUGGACACGGCUAGUAGCUUAGCGAGUACUGAACACCAGCGGGUAUACCGUAUACAACGAGCCCGAGGGGGGUUCCUGGACGAGAAACAACGCGACUUAAGGGAAUUACACUCAUUGUAUACACGACGCAGACUGGAGGAGAGCUUCCAGGGCGUGUUGAGUGUCCGUAGCAGCGCCAACUGGCUCCAACCACCACCUUGCGUCUCUCCUCGCUUGCAAGACGAGAAGCCGCUAUCUCCAGUGUCCAAACAAGAGGAGAAACAAGUAGAGAACGAAUUAUUAGCUCAGCAAAGCGAGAUCAGCGCCGAGCUACAGGCGGUGAGGAGGCAAUUGAGUGACUUCCAGGACAAAUGGAAGAAGACUCUCACUGCAGAUGAUGCUGUAACACAAUGGCUCUUGCUACUUAAACAAAAAUUGGAGACACUAGCAAGGAAAUAUUCCCAUGAGCCCACACACAACUUCCAGACGUCAAUGACCUAUCUAGGAGGAAUCUGGGAGUCUAAUAAUGAUAAAAAUGGGUCCUGCACCAUAGAGCGGCAUGAACGCAGACAGACGUCCAACUUCGACCGUGCAAUCAAACAAGUGCAGGAAUUCCACCAGGAACGGAUGCAAAAAGUUGUGGAUGAGUCUCUUGCGGAGCUUAAACGUGUUCGAGGUAGGUACAAGAAGAAGGAAACUCAGCUAGAAGACGAGCUGCGUACUGCGAAUAAAGAAAUCGAGCAGUGGAAGCAGACAGCGACCGAAGCCGAACACCGCAAGAAACUCGACCUAGAAGCACUGGAAUUCAAGUUUGUAGCCGCCAAAGAACAGCACGACCAUAUUUGUCGACGCUAUGAGGAUGAACAAGCGCAACUGAAAACUCAACUCGACGUCGCGAGAGCUGAGCGGAAGCAGGUUGUGAGUCAACACCGAGAUACUCAUGAAAGUAUUUCUCAGGCAAAGGAAGGCGCAGAGGCAUUAGAGAGACAAUGCCAAGCACUAAAGAAACAACAAGAGCGUGCGAAGGAACUCCACGACAGAGAAAUUCGUGUUCUUCAAGACACUAUCCGACAGCUACGAGAGAGUAAAGACGACAUGGAAAGUCGAUAUGCCAAGGAUAAACAAGCUCUGGUCCAGACAAUAGAAAAACUGGAGAUAUCGCAAAUAGAAACACAGGAACUGCCACGGAAAGUAAGAGAGGAACGCGUGCUUCCGGAGAAGCUGGCAGCUAUAACGAAACAACAUCAGGACGCUGUUAAAGCGAUGCAGAGUGAGCACGAGCAACAACUUGCUCAGAUAGCUGCAAAACUCGACGAGACAAAGAGACCAGCACUGUCAAGUGUCCGUGCUAUCGAGACACAAACAAAUCUACUUCCAGCUGAAGAGAGUGUAUCGAACAAUACCCAAGUGGAAGACAGAGAUCAAAUUGAAGCACUUACAAGACGUUGUCGGGCUCUAGAGAAGUUACUCGACAAGAAGUUUGAAGAAACGUCCCAGUCGAGUCAGAGAUGUGAAUCUUGUCUUUCGGACGAUGGUAUUUCAACAAACAGCGCUGUUGACGGAUAUGAUCUCAAUGCUAGUCGAAGUAGCAUUCACAGUGACCGCAGUUUUCGACCGCGGACGAGUGGAAAGAGCAGAGCAUUGGCUCGAGCGCUUCUCGGGUCGUCGCGGUCCUCGGCAACUAGUGACAGCAAGGCGUCUCCGCUCAUGAACGAGACUACGAUGGCUACAGAUGAGGCCACGUUAGGUGCGCAUGAAAUGUGGGAUUCGGCGUCAUUCACGUCCAUCGACACAAAUGCGAUCUACACAAGAAAUCCUUACACUUGUGCGCCAAAUCAAGCAAGCAGCAGCCUCGCCGGUUGA